AUGCUUCUACAACUUCUACCUUACUUUGUCCUCGUCGCGGUACUCGUUGAGGCUGUGCGGCGGCUGCGCUCGCCACUGGCAAAGCUGCCUGGCCCCAAAUACACGGCCUGGACGUCGCUGGUGCUCAAGUACCGCGAAUUCACCCACGGUCGCCGCCUGUACAUCCAUGGCCUCCACCAGAAGUACGGCGCGGUCGUCCGGCUGAGUCCCGACGAGGUGUCCUUCUCGAGCGCCGACGCGGCCAAGGAGAUCUACAUGUCGGGCGGCAGCGGUUAUGACAAGACGCCCUUCUACUCGCUGUUCACGCAGUUUGGGACGCGCACGCUAUUCUCCACGCUCCCCCGGGCGGAACACAGCUAUAUGAAGCGAUACUUGGCCGACCGCUACGCAAACACCAGCAUCAUGAAGCCCGACAUCUUGAACGGCAUCGUCCAGCACGCCCGGGACUUUUUAAGCAAGUGUCUCGACCAAUGUUACGGCAGUGACGGAUUUGCCGACAUAUAUGUAUCUCUCCACUGCUUUGCCCUGGAUGGGGUGACUCAUCAGCUUUUCCACCCGUACGGCACGCACGCCAACAGGAAUGAAAAGGAUUUGCGUCUGAUGCAAGAAUUGUCCUAUCACGACAGUUUGAAAAGCAAUGUCGCAAUCUAUUACAUGCCGUGGCUCUCCAAUAUCAUUCACCGCAUCAGCCCGCCCAAGCCGGCUCCGCUGUCGAAUGAAUACGUCCUGACGGCCAGUGCAUCUCCCUCGCCAUCACCGUUCAGUCUCCUCUCCAAGCUUCACGCACAGGCUAAGGCUACCAAUAUGGCCCCCUAUGCCGUGCCAGCCGAAUGCAAGGACCACCUGGCCGCUGGGGUCGACACGACAGGCGAUGCCCUCUGUUUCUUGAUGCACCACCUCUCAUUACCCGCACCGGCCUCCCAACGCAUUCAAGGCCUGCUGCACAAGGAACUGACGGAGAACGCCACGACUUCAUUCGACCAACUCGCGUACCUAGACGCGGUGGUCAAAGAGGGCCUCCGCUGUUUCCCGCCCAUCCCGAUGUCGAUGCCUCGAUAUGCGCCCCAAGGAGGGAGCAUGAUCGACGGCCACUUCAUCCCCGGCGGCACCAUUGUGAGCUGUCAGGCGUACACGCUGCACAAGGACCCAGUCGUGUUUCCGCAACCGUUGGAGUUCCUCCCGGAGCGCUGGUUGGAUAAGCAAGGAGAGGCCGAGCGGAACAGAUUGUUCUUUGCCUUUUCCGUGGGCGGCCGAGGUUGUCUGGGCCGGCACCUCGCCAUCGCAGAGAUGAAACUCCUCCUCCGCGAAGUCUAUUCGCAAUGUCGCACGACCUUGUCCCCCCAGAUGGACAGCGACAUGGAAAUGGAGGACCAGAUCAUCGCCAGCAGGCCCAAGGGCCAGAGUUGCAAGUUGGUUUUUGAGAAGAUUGUAUGA